AGUGUGGGCCAGGCCAUGGACAUCAACCAGCCCUUGCUCCCGCAACCCCCUCUUCACACCUUAGUGACACUUCCUGCUCCUCCUCUCUCUUUUCCUCCGAUUUUAGUUUCCCUUUGCUAUACCCUUUGCUUCUAUUCCCCCGACCCCAGUAUUGUCACACAGCAGCUCAGCCGUGGGGCUGCACCAGAGAUGCCCAAAGACACUGCAGCAUAUUUCUCCCCACACCUUCUGUACUGGACCAUCAAGGGCAUCUUUUUGAGUGGAAAACAUGCCUCCAAAAUUCAAGCGCCACCUCAAUGAUGACGACGUCACUGGUUCAGUGAAAAGUGAAAGGAGAAACCUUUUAGAAGAAGAUUCUGAUGAAGAGGAGGACUUCUUCUUGAGAGGACCUUCUGGACCAAAAUUUGGACCUAGGAAUGACAAAAUCAGGCAUGUACAGAACCAGGUGGAUGAAGUCAUUGAUGUCAUGCAAGAGAACAUCACGAAGGUGAUUGAAAGGGGCGAGAGACUGGAUGACCUUCAGGAUAAAUCAGAAAGUUUAUCGGACAAUGCAACAGCUUUCAGCAACAGAGCAAAGCAGCUUCGAAGGCAGAUGUGGUGGCGAGGUUGCAAGAUGAAGGCCAUCAUUGGUCUGGCUGCUGUUGUCCUUUUGCUAGUCAUAAUCAUACCCAUAGUCCUGAAAUACCACAAUUGACUUGGUGGCUGGAGAUCUCAAUGGAAGCAGCUUUGGGAUGAUAAAAACAAACUGCUGUGUAAUUUAAAUGAAACAUAUGUAUAUAGCUUUGAAGUGUUCUUUUUCAAGAAGGGAAAAGAGGCAAGUAGCCAGUUUUGACAAGGGCAUUUUGAGAACUGCCAAAUGACCUUUUUUGGGUCUAAUACAUGCUACUGUUGAUUUUUAUAACCUAAAGUUUAAAAACCCCAAACACUUUUUGCUGUAUUCCAGGAUUCCCAGUGUGAAACUAGCUACUUGCCAAUGCAUUUUAUUUGUAUAUAUAGCUAAGGAAUAAUGAUGUUAUUUAUAAUUUAAGCAGUUUCCUACUGCCAGUUGCUGAAAGUAGGGAGCUCAGUUGUUUCAUCAAAGUGAAGGAGGGGGAACGUAUGUAAAGAGAACUACAUUAGAGGCAGUCUAACCAUUCUGUAAAUAAUUGCAAGGAUGCUACUUUCUCAUGUUUAAAAAAUUAGGUUUUGCAAACAAAGAAAUGUUCUGUACUGUCAUGGAGAUGCACAAGCUCAGUGUUUUCAGUAUUGCUGCUUACAGCUGCAACUAAAGACAUUCCAGUAAACCUAUUUUUGACUGUAAGAGGACUCCUGGAACAUUUUUGU